UUGAUUUUUUUAUCAAAUUUUAUAAUGGACUCAUCCAACUCCUCUGGUGCUUCGAGUAGUGAUAUUUUCAUGCUUUCUGCAUUAUCGGUUGAAGAUUUUGAAGAAGCAAUAGAUGAGCAUGGACAAGGAGGCAACCAAAUGAUAAGGAUUGAGCUGCAGGGUGUCGUUGGUCGUAUUGUAGUUUGGGAUCAAGAUCACUCCGAGUUCAUUUCAGAGACUUUAAUGGAGGAGUUCAUUCAUAAUGGAAUAAUUGCUUUCAACAAUCAACGCAUACAAGAAAAUGUAGAUAUUCGCCGUCCUUUAUUUUAUGAAAGGACAGUCGUUCUUUAUGUCAAUGUUCUGCUUCCGACUUGGGUAGUAAAUGAUGGAACAAAUAAUUGGAUUAGAGUCGAGUAUACCUACCGAUCUGACUAUGACAUUCCUCAAUAUUAG